AUGCCGUCAGCCCGUCCCUCAUCCCCCACUCUCCGCUCCUCUACCCUCUCUUCCCCUUCGCCAAACCGCAGUGCAGACAGCAUGGACAUGGUCGUCAUCGACGGCGUUCGUUCUCACCUCCAUGGCUCCCCUGCCGGAUGGCCGCCACCAUCCGCUGUGUCCGUGCUGGCAGGGAACAACGGCACGAACGGAUUUAUGGACGGGCGGGGGGAGUUGGCGCUAUUUGACUCGCCAAUGCACCUGGCAGCCGAUUGCCAGGGGAAUCUCUUUGUGGUGGAUCGCAACAGCUACCUGCGCGUCGUCUCCCCACAGGGCGAUGUCACCACCAUCCGCAGAAGCAGCAGCGUGUCUCAUCUCGCCCCUCCACAGCCGCCAUUCAUGCACAGCACCCACGCACCCACCACCACCACCCUCGUUCCGGAUCCUCCCGUUCGAGCACUCCUGGCACGCACGCGUCACAGUGACGAAACACAAUCCCCAUCCGCAUCUCCAUGUGCCGGCAUCAGCGGUGGCGAGAAGCAGCCGUUGCACUUCCACUCCAAACCUCGCCACGCGGAUCCGGCAAAACUGGGCUCUGGCGUGUCGGGCAUGUGGUAUAACGCCAGUAGCGGGGUGCUCUAUGUCGUGGACACCGGCAGGCAGAGGAUUGCUGCCUUUGCACCUGCUACUACUACUGCUGCUGCUGCUGCUGCUGCUGCUGCUGCCCAUGCUGCUGGAAAUGCUGCUGGUUACGUUGCUGUGACAACGGAGGCCGCUGGGAGUGUUGCUGCUACUGGCAGUGGAGUCUCGUUUCGGGGCGAUGCAGGGAUCCCUGGGUGCUUGUGCAGUGCUAAGAACAGCUCGGGAGGAGGAGGAGGGCAGGAUGCUCCGUCGUCCUCCGCAUGGAAUGCGACGUGGCGAGACACGGAGGUGGCAGGGGGUGCGUUUGCGGUCGGUGUGCUGUGUGCUCACGGCAAGCCGAUUCUCACAGCAGCAGCUGCGGGCACGUCCCAUCUGGCCUCCACCCUGUCACUUAUCUUCCACCGCAUCGCAUCCACGGCGCUUGCAGUGCUGAUGCUGCUCUUCUCCCUCCCUAGUCGCUUCAUGCAGCAACCGCUGGGUACCGACCCUGACAACACCACCACCAGCAGCAGCAGCACCAUGCAAGGGCCUCUUAUCUUGCACCCUUCGACCCAGCAGCACGGAGGAGGGGAGCAGCGGGAAGAGGAGGGGGUUAUACCCCCCAAGGCCUCGCUUCUAUCACUUGUAUGGCCCUUCAGGUCUUCUGCAGCAAGACCUGAAGCCCCUGCUGCUGCAGAGGAGAAUGAGGAGAGUGGGCUUCUGAUCAGCUUCUCAGAUGAAGAGGAUGCUGUGGGGGGUGGCAAUGGAGAUGAUACCAGUCCAUCCAUUACCAGUCAACAUGCUCCUGGUGCUCCCCUUGACAUCAUGCAGUUGCACAGCAGUGCAGAAAUGCCUGUUUCGACUGGUAGCAGUGUUGAUUCCACAGCAAGGGUCAUGACAGGCAAGGAAUUCGAUCGUGCUGUUGCCUCAGGCGAUGCUGCUGGUGCUGUCUCUGCUGCUGGAAGCACAGCUGGUGCAGCGUUGGGAAGAAACGGGGAUGGCACUGAUGCUUCAUCUUUUAGCGACCUUGUAGGUAAAUGGGCAGGCGGUGCACAUUUGGUGCAGACAGCAUGGACAUGGUCGUCAUCGACGGCGUUCGUUCUCACCUCCAUGGCUCCCCUGCCGGAUGGCCGCCACGUGGCUGUCGCGGAUAGGGCCAAUCACGUCAUUCUCAAGAUCGAGCUGCCUCUAUCUGCGACAUCCGCUGUGUCCGUGCUGGCAGGGAACAACGGCACGAACGGAUUUAUGGACGGGCGGGGGGAGUUGGCGCUAUUUGACUCGCCAAUGCACCUGGCAGCCGAUUGCCAGGGGAAUCUCUUUGUGGUGGAUCGCAACAGCUACCUGCGCGUCGUCUCCCCACAGGGCGAUGUCACCACCAUCCGCAGAAGCAGCAGCGUGUCUCAUCUCGCCCCUCCACAGCCGCCAUUCAUGCACAGCACCCACGCACCCACCACCACCACCCUCGUUCCGGAUCCUCCCGUUCGAGCACUCCUGGCACGCACGCGUCACAGUGACGAAACACAAUCCCCAUCCGCAUCUCCAUGUGCCGGCAUCAGCGGUGGCGAGAAGCAGCCGUUGCACUUCCACUCCAAACCUCGCCACGCGGAUCCGGCAAAACUGGGCUCUGGCGUGUCGGGCAUGUGGUAUAACGCCAGUAGCGGGGUGCUCUAUGUCGUGGACACCGGCAGGCAGAGGAUUGCUGCCUUUGCACCUGCUACUACUACUGCUGCUGCUGCUGCUGCUGCUGCUGCUGCCCAUGCUGCUGGAAAUGCUGCUGGUUACGUUGCUGUGACAACGGAGGCCGCUGGGAGUGUUGCUGCUACUGGCAGUGGAGUCUCGUUUCGGGGCGAUGCAGGGAUCCCUGGGUGCUUGUGCAGUGCUAAGAACAGCUCGGGAGGAGGAGGAGGGCAGGAUGCUCCGUCGUCCUCCGCAUGGAAUGCGACGUGGCGAGACACGGAGGUGGCAGGGGGUGCGUUUGCGGUCGGUGUGCUGUGUGCUCACGGCAAGCCGAUUCUCACAGCAGCAGCUGCGGGCACGUCCCAUCUGGCCUCCACCCUGUCACUUAUCUUCCACCGCAUCGCAUCCACGGCGCUUGCAGUGCUGAUGCUGCUCUUCUCCCUCCCUAGUCGCUUCAUGCAGCAACCGCUGGGUACCGACCCUGACAACACCACCACCAGCAGCAGCAGCACCAUGCAAGGGCCUCUUAUCUUGCACCCUUCGACCCAGCAGCACGGAGGAGGGGAGCAGCGGGAAGAGGAGGGGGUUAUACCCCCCAAGGCCUCGCUUCUAUCACUUGUAUGGCCCUUCAGGUCUUCUGCAGCAAGACCUGAAGCCCCUGCUGCUGCAGAGGAGAAUGAGGAGAGUGGGCUUCUGAUCAGCUUCUCAGAUGAAGAGGAUGCUGUGGGGGGUGGCAAUGGAGAUGAUACCAGUCCAUCCAUUACCAGUCAACAUGCUCCUGGUGCUCCCCUUGACAUCAUGCAGUUGCACAGCAGUGCAGAAAUGCCUGUUUCGACUGGUAGCAGUGUUGAUUCCACAGCAAGGGUCAUGACAGGCAAGGAAUUCGAUCGUGCUGUUGCCUCAGGCGAUGCUGCUGGUGCUGUCUCUGCUGCUGGAAGCACAGCUGGUGCAGCGUUGGGAAGAAACGGGGAUGGCACUGAUGCUUCAUCUUUUAGCGACCUUGUAGGUAAAUGGGCAGGCGGUGCACAUUUGGUGCAGACAGCAUGGACAUGGUCGUCAUCGACGGCGUUCGUUCUCACCUCCAUGGCUCCCCUGCCGGAUGGCCGCCACGUGGCUGUCGCGGAUAGGGCCAAUCACGUCAUUCUCAAGAUCGAGCUGCCUCUAUCUGCGACAUCCGCUGUGUCCGUGCUGGCAGGGAACAACGGCACGAACGGAUUUAUGGACGGGCGGGGGGAGUUGGCGCUAUUUGACUCGCCAAUGCACCUGGCAGCCGAUUGCCAGGGGAAUCUCUUUGUGGUGGAUCGCAACAGCUACCUGCGCGUCGUCUCCCCACAGGGCGAUGUCACCACCAUCCGCAGAAGCAGCAGCGUGUCUCAUCUCGCCCCUCCACAGCCGCCAUUCAUGCACAGCACCCACGCACCCACCACCACCACCCUCGUUCCGGAUCCUCCCGUUCGAGCACUCCUGGCACGCACGCGUCACAGUGACGAAACACAAUCCCCAUCCGCAUCUCCAUGUGCCGGCAUCAGCGGUGGCGAGAAGCAGCCGUUGCACUUCCACUCCAAACCUCGCCACGCGGAUCCGGCAAAACUGGGCUCUGGCGUGUCGGGCAUGUGGUAUAACGCCAGUAGCGGGGUGCUCUAUGUCGUGGACACCGGCAGGCAGAGGAUUGCUGCCUUUGCACCUGCUACUACUACUGCUGCUGCUGCUGCUGCUGCUGCUGCUGCUGCUGCUGCCCAUGCUGCUGGAAAUGCUGUUGGUUACGUUGCUGUGACAACGGAGGCCGCUGGGAGUGUUGCUGCUACUGGCAGUGGAGUCUCGUUUCGGGGCGAUGCAGGGAUCCCUGGGUGCUUGUGCAGUGCUAAGAACAGCUCGGGAGGAGGAGGAGGGCAGGAUGCUCCGUCGUCCUCCGCAUGGAAUGCGACGUGGCGAGACACGGAGGUGGCAGGGGGUGCGUUUGCGGUCGGUGUGCUGUGUGCUCACGGCAAGCCGAUUCUCACAGCAGCAGCUGCGGGCACGUCCCAUCUGGCCUCCACCCUGUCACUUAUCUUCCACCGCAUCGCAUCCACGGCGCUUGCAGUGCUGAUGCUGCUCUUCUCCCUCCCUAGUCGCUUCAUGCAGCAACCGCUGGGUACCGACCCUGACAACACCACCACCAGCAGCAGCAGCACCAUGCAAGGGCCUCUUAUCUUGCACCCUUCGACCCAGCAGCACGGAGGAGGGGAGCAGCGGGAAGAGGAGGGGGUUAUACCCCCCAAGGCCUCGCUUCUAUCACUUGUAUGGCCCUUCAGGUCUUCUGCAGCAAGACCUGAAGCCCCUGCUGCUGCAGAGGAGAAUGAGGAGAGUGGGCUUCUGAUCAGCUUCUCAGAUGAAGAGGAUGCUGUGGGGGGUGGCAAUGGAGAUGAUACCAGUCCAUCCAUUACCAGUCAACAUGCUCCUGGUGCUCCCCUUGACAUCAUGCAGUUGCACAGCAGUGCAGAAAUGCCUGUUUCGACUGGUAGCAGUGUUGAUUCCACAGCAAGGGUCAUGACAGGCAAGGAAUUCGAUCGUGCUGUUGCCUCAGGCGAUGCUGCUGGUGCUGUCUCUGCUGCUGGAAGCACAGCUGGUGCAGCGUUGGGAAGAAACGGGGAUGGCACUGAUGCUUCAUCUUUUAGCGACCUUGUAGGUAAAUGGGCAGGCGGUGCACAUUUGGGUGAGGGAGAAAAGAGAGACACCAGGCGUGAUGUUUCAUCCUAG